AAUCGAAACUAAGACUGCAUUACCAAACGAGAAUUCAUCCUGGACUGACACGAUUAACAAAACACUUGGUUAAAGAAGGUUUUACCUGUGUACACAUCCCCGCCAUCUCUACAAGAGAACAUAUUGAUGAUGCAGAAGAUGGAGAAGAGACUGCUUGUUGCUAAAAAUCUGCCAGCAUGCGCAGAGGACACACUCGUCAACUUCCUGGAGGUCAUAUGUGACAAUGGAGUAGAAGCGAUCGACUAUUUUGAUGACAGAGUCAAACACAUUGCCCUGGUUACAAUGGAGGAAGAUAUAGAAGAUGCCAGACGCUGUCAGGACAAGGCGUCGAGGCGUCAGGUGGACGGCCAUCAGAUAGAUCUUGUCGACGUUGGGGCUGCGGUCGGCGUGGUCGUGAAGGGCCUGCCAGAGCACGUCACGGAGGAGGCCCUCAGGUCGUAUUUUGAGAGCAGCGAAUCGGGAGGAAGACACGGUGUAGUUGAAGAGUGCAGGAUCUACACAACAAGCCACGCAGCAACAGUAGUGAUUAAUGAUGCUGACGCGUUACAGAGUAUCCUGAGAAAGGGGUCCCACGGUGUUGUGGGGAACGAACCCCCUGUCACAGCCACGCCCUUCUAUCAGGAAUUCCACAAGGAGGUACUAGGAUAUCUUGAAGGUCUUCAGGAAGAACAGGGGGAGAUAAACCACCAGUGAAACUUCGGCGCAUUCUGUUCAAUAUCAUAAUUAAUCUCGACUAGCACUUGGGAACAUCCAUUUUAGAACUAGUUUCCGUUUACACGACUACCAAAUGUCACAAAACAACCUGGUGGCAGUCGUGUUACUCAUACAAAUUUUCCUUUGCCUCAUGAUAUUUUUUUCUUCUCCAAAGAAAGUUUGUGUAUGUAGUUUUGUUAAACAAAGGAUACGCUGUUUUCAAUAUCAACACUCGACAAUUUCCUGUUGGGUCCAGAAAAAACAAUUGAUCGAUGGCGUCAUGUUAUUCAUGAGCUUUGACCUUUGCGUGAGAGGUAUUACACGUCUCUCACCUGAAUCUGCAUUGUUCAUGUCAUGCAUAAGCAUCUACACAGAUAAACAAUUAUUUCGUGAAAAGGCAUCUCGAAUAUUUAAUAUAGCAGACUUGUCAAUUUACACGAAAGAAGAAAUAACUUUGUCCGCCCAACACGUUUUGCGUAGCAGAAAACGUUUAUAAAAUCAUGUGUGCUUAUGACCUGGUAGUGAACUGGAACAUUUUGCUUCUGAAGACUGAUUUACAUAAUACUUAUCCGUUUCAACAUGUAAACACGUUUAGGUUUCUUUCUUUUUCAGCAGAUUGUGAAAACCGUUCAAUGUAUCUACAUGUAUAUUCAUGUUACAUUAUGAUAGUAUUGAUGGACUUUACUAUUUUUGGUAAUUGUGUUAAUGUAUCAGGUUUCAGUAAAAGCUAUGAGGGUGGUAUUCGUUUUCGGAGUAGAAUAGUUGUAUUUUAUCAUGUAACUUUGUACAUGUAUUAACCAUGUAGUGACGUCUUUGGCAAUAUGCGAAUUUAUCUCAUUUAGUUGGGGUUUUUUUCAAUUUAGUUUUCAUCAACAUAAUAGUAUGCCAUUCCAAUGCAAAACUUGCUAGCCACAUGCUUAAUAGAUAUGCCCGAACGAGAAAUAUUUCAAUAGAAUUUGAACCAAUACCCACACCAUUUUUCCUGUGAUUAUAUAUAUCAAAUAAAUCACAUAUUUUGUCUCCCGCCUCGCGGGCCGCAUGUCUCAGUAUAUGUCCAUGUUUUAAGUCACGCUUUCGAGGUCUUUCUCUGACUUCAAUAAUUUAUGAGAAGCAUGCACAAGAACACAACCUAUGUUUUUUUAAUGAAAAGUUCUAUGCAACAGCAGACCACACGUUGUCAUCGUAUUCCAAUUGCGUGGAUCGAUGCUUAUGAUGUCAAUCACUGGAUUGUCUGGUGCAGACUCGAUUAACAAACAAACAAAACAAACAACGUUUCCCUCGUGUAGAUUGGAUGGGUCCAACAAUUUUUCAUGCAGGGGUAUUUGGUUGUUCAGGAUCCACUUGGAAUAGGAUGACGUCAUAAGAAUGAUUUAUCCUCAGGUAUAAUUCAGGGGGCUAGGCAUGGCCUAACGUGGAUGAUCACUGGGCCUCGUUGCUCUUUAAUGGUAACGACAUCACUCAUUCAGCCAGUGCAAAAUCACAAAUAUUCCAUGUAACCUCAUACAGCAUAUAAUUUGGUGACGUGGAAAAUAAAAAUAAUUUGAUUCCGGGAAAUCAAUCUUUCUUGACAACGCAUAAGGAUCUACACCGAAACGUCGCUAUAAUUCAAUGUUAAAAAAAGUUGUUAUCCAAAAAAAUGUCAUUCACCAACUUCUAAGAAAUGCCUCUGAAACAAUUCACGGAAUUUGGCAUAGAUACAUGCAGUGAAAUUCCUACCUUAGAAUGUUCUUAUACUGGAUAAUUAUAAGACUUCAAGGCAUAUUUCCGAGGCAAGGGAGUUAACUUGAAACGGGACUUUGAUAGUCAGUUAACACCCUUGCCUCGGGAAGAUGACUUCAAGAUGGAAUGGACUAUGUUAGCCUAUAUUGAUUUUACAAAUGAGAAGAAAUGGUUCGCUAGACAUGCGAGAUGCGAGGUGUCCUCUAUGUCCUGAAGUAGUGACCGUACAAAUUCUCUCUCCCCCUCAUUUAAUGCCGUUUACGUUUCGUACAAUAUUCAUUUUACACAUUAUUAAGCACAGAGUUUAGUGGUGUAAGCUGUCACGUUAAAUAUACUCACUUUAUCCUGUAAUGUUCAUGUUGUUUGUAUCAGUAAAUAUACAUCGUAGGUUCAA